AUGCUUCCAUACAGAUUUAACAGACAGUGCAUAGUGGACAAAGACAAGAGAAAUCAGUGCCGGUACUGCAGACUAAAGAAAUGUUUUCGAGCUGGGAUGAAGAAGGAAGCUGUGCAGAAUGAAAGAGACAGGAUUAGCACCAGAAGAUCCAGCUAUGAAGACAGCAGCUUACCCUCCAUAAACGCACUCAUUCAAGCUGAUGUCCUUUCUAGACAGAUCUCAUCACCCAGUUCUAUCAUGAAUGGCGACAUCAGAACGAAGAAGACAGCCACUAUAACCGAUGUGUGCGAGUCUAUGAAACAGCAGCUGCUGGUGCUGGUUGAAUGGGCUAAAUACAUCCCAGCAUUCUGUGACCUUCCCCUGGAUGAUCAGGUGGCUUUACUGCGAGCUCAUGCUGGAGAACAUCUGCUACUAGGAGCUGCCAAACGUUCCAUGCUGUAUAAGGACAUUUUACUAUUAGGUAAUGAUCAUAUAAUUCCACGAAACUGUCCCGAAUUGGAGGUGAGCCGUGUGUCUGUAAGGAUCCUUGACGAGUUAGUCCUUCCCUUCCAGGAUCUCCAGAUCGAUGACAAUGAAUAUGCCUGCUUGAAGGCCAUUGUAUUUUUCGAUCCAGAUGCCAAAGGUUUAAGCGACCCAAGCAAGAUCAAACGUAUGCGAUACCAAGUUCAAGUUAGUUUGGAGGACUACAUCAAUGACCGGCAAUACGACUCGCGGGGGCGGUUUGGCGAGCUACUUCUUCUGUUGCCGAUGCUGCAGAGCAUCACCUGGCAAAUGAUCGAGCAAAUCCAGUUUGUUAAAUUGUUUGGAAUGGCGAAGAUAGACAACCUGCUACAAGAGAUGCUUCUAGGAGGUUCAGCUAAUGAAGCUCCUCAUGCCCAUCAUUCUCUACACCCACAUCUGGUCCAGGAGCACCUCAGUAACAAUGUCAUAGUCACCACCACAAACAUGGCCACUCCAAUUCACAAUGGCCAGAUGUCCACUCCGGAAACUCCAAUCCCAUCUCCCCCGACGGCCUCAGGUUCUGAUCAUUACAAAAUGGCUCCGGGUGUUAUAGCCACAGUGCCCAAGCAACCAAGCUCCAUCCCUCAACCAACCAUCACUAAACAAGAGGCCAUCUGAGUGCACAGAGAAACUCAGCUCAAGUUUUUUUUAUUAUUAGUCUAUUAAUAGACUGUGCUAAGCGUGACAAUUCAUUCUCAUAGGCAUCUGGACACAGUAACACUAACAUUUAUAUUCCCCAGCUGUUAAAUUUAAGCUUUUUAGUAAAGACACUGUGAAAUUGUUCAGAAUUUCCUAUUUUAAGAACUUUAAACCAAAAUAGUUUAGUUUAAAGGUGUGCAACAAUCACACUUUAAAUAUAUAUGUUCAUCCCAUCUCAUUUGUUUGCUGUAUGUAUGUUUUAGAACGAACUAGUGGUGCAUAUUUAUACUACCCAAGGAGUCACAACAGCAUAUAACACCAUAUAAUACAAAGGCUAUGCAAGUUUUCUUCUCCUUUCAAGGAGAGUUUGAGUUCCAUAAAUGUUACAGCAGGCCUGAAUAUGAUCAGAUGUUUGUUUUAUUGUACAGUAUUUUAACAGCUUGCUACUGGCUCUUAUAGUACUUUUAUGAUAUCCUGAGAGAAUAUAUAACAUUUUGUGCCUUGGAAAUAUUGUUAUUUACCAAAAUGCUGGUAAUUAUUUUAUGUAUGAUAAGAAUAUGUGAAUUUCAUAUUUUUCUGUAUGUGCCAUACUUAAAUUGUAAAUAUAACGAUUUCCUUUUUUCAUAAAUGGAUUUAGUCUAUUCUAAUUCAUGAUUUUAGGAUAAAAAAC